ACGCUUUCCAGAUGGAGUCCUAGGGCGCUGACUGCUCCCCAGUUUCCGUAGGGAAGCGCCGGGCUACCACAGCUAUUGUGUGUAGCGCUGUCGCCCUCCUCUUCCCGCUGCCUGCUGUCGUGUUGUUGGAGGAAAGCUACGUUUCCUUGCCGCUGGGCUUAACUCUCUAAGUGCCAAACCCCACAUCACGAGGGCUCCCAGGAACCAGUAGGCGGUCUCUGCAGCUGCCGAGUUGUGGGCGACGAGCCCCGAAGACCCGGGGAAGACAUCUGAAGGGAGCCUGUGCUCUCGUUCGGUCUCGGAGUUAGGGCUCGCCCAGCGUGAAGCGGUGGCAUUGGCUUUAAGAAGGGGGAGGGGAGGCACAGCCUGCCUCUCUUGGGGAGCCGGGGAAGGAAGCCUCGACUGGCUUGGGAGCGCAAAGAGGCGGCCCCCGCGCCCGCUCUCUCCCCGCCUCCACCCUGGGACGCCCGGGACACGGCGCUGUGCUUUGGGGAGACGAUGACCAGGGGGCGUGCUGCUCCCUAGGCUGCACCCUGUCGGCGUCAGAAGGCUUUGGUAAGCACUCCUGGUCACCCGCAGCCACCACCGGACUACGCGCUCCAGCUACACACCAGCGGGCGCUCCCAAGAGUUUCAUUGGAACAGCCCCUCCGCUAUCGUAAUCAUGGGGCAUCCCCCGUUGGAGUUCAGCGACUGCUACCUCGACAGCCCCGAUUUCCGCGAGAGGCUCAAGUGUUAUGAACAGGAGCUGGAGAGGACCAAUAAAUUCAUCAAAGACGUAAUCAAAGACGGCAGCGCGCUUAUCAGCGCUAUGCGAAAUUACUCUUCUGCGGUUCAGAAAUUUUCCCAGACACUCCAGUCAUUUCAGUUUGAUUUCAUUGGAGACACGCUGACCGAUGAUGAGAUUAAUAUUGCGGAAUCAUUCAAGGAAUUUGCUGAAUUGCUCAAUGAAGUAGAAAACGAGAGGAUGAUGAUGGUACAAAAUGCCAGUGAUUUGCUGAUCAAACCCCUGGAAACUUUUCGGAAGGAACAAAUAGGUUUCACAAAGGAGAGGAAGAAGAAAUUUGAAAAGGAUGGUGAGAGGUUUUACUCAUUACUGGACCGGCACUUACAUCUAUCAUCCAAAAAGAAAGAAUCUCAGUUACUAGAGGCAGACCUCCAAGUGGAUAAGGAAAGGCACAAUUUCUUUGAAUCAUCUCUUGACUAUGUUUAUCAAAUUCAGGAAGUCCAGGAAUCAAAGAAGUUCAAUAUUGUGGAGCCAGUCUUGGCUUUCCUUCAUAGCCUCUUCAUUUCUAACAGUUUGACAGUGGAGCUCACCCAGGAUUUCCUACCCUACAAACAGCAGCUGCAGCUCAGCUUACAGAAUACAAGAAAUCAUUUCUCCAGUACCCGGGAGGAAAUGGAAGAACUUAAGAAAAGGAUGAAAGAAGCUCCUCAGACAUGCAAGCUUCCAGGACAGCCAACCAUUGAAGGCUAUCUCUAUACACAGGAGAAAUGGGCCCUGGGGAUAUCUUGGGUAAAAUACUACUGUCGGUAUGAGAAAGAGACCAGGACACUCACCAUGACACCAAUGGAACAAAAGCCGGGUGCUAAGCAGGGACCUGUAGAUUUAACUUUGAAGUACUGUGUGAGACGGAAGACAGAGUCAAUUGACAAGAGAUUCUGUUUUGAUAUUGAAACUAAUGAAAGACCAGGAACCAUCACUCUUCAGGCGCCUUCAGAAGCCAAUAGAAGACUAUGGAUGGAAGCCAUGGAUGGGAAAGAACCUAUCUACCACACUCCUAUAACAAAACAGGAAGAAAUGGAGCUGAAUGAAGUGGGAUUCAAGUUUGUUAGGAAGUGCAUCAAUUUUAUUGAGACCAAAGGGAUCAAGACGGAAGGGUUGUACCGAACUGUGGGCAGCAACAUCCAGGUUCAGAAGCUGCUCUAUGCCUUUUUUGAUCCAAAAUGUCCAGGGGAUGUCGAUUUCAAUAACAGUGACUGGGACAUUAAGACAAUCACAAGCUCUUUAAAAUUCUACCUCAGGAAUCUCUCAGAACCUGUCAUGACUUAUAAGCUCCACAAAGAGCUCGUCUCUGCUGCCAAAUCUGACAACCUAGAUUACCGUCUGGGGGCUAUUCACUCCCUAGUAUAUAAGCUACCAGAAAAGAACCGGGAGAUGCUGGAACUUCUAAUCAAACACUUGGUAAAUGUGUGUGAGCACAGCAAAGAGAAUCUUAUGACACCUUCCAAUAUGGGGGUAAUCUUUGGGCCCACCCUGAUGAGAGCUCAAGAGGACACUGUGGCUGCUAUGAUGAACAUCAAAUUCCAGAACAUUGUGGUAGAAAUCCUGAUUGAACACUUUGGCAAGAUUUAUUUAGGUCCACCCGAAGAUAGCCAAGUACCUCCAGUGCCUCCACCUCGCGUGACAGCAAGAAGACAUAAACCAAUCACAAUCUCAAAGCGCUUGCUGAGAGAAAAGACAGUGUUCUAUACUUCUUCCCUGGAUGAAACUGAAGAUGGAAUUCACCAUCAAACUCCUAAUGGUACAAUCACUAGCAACCUGGAUCCCCCCAAGCUACUACAGCACCUCAAACUACCCAUGCAGAAAAGUGGGGACACUGAUCCUGGAAGAAAGUCCCCAAGCAGACCUGUUUCUGACUGUCAGUCGGAGCCCUGCCUGGAGGCGGAUGUGGGGAAGUUGGUAUUUAGGUUGCAGGAUGGAGGGACCAAGGCUACUCCGAAGGCCUCCAAUGGACCUGUUCCAGGUUCUGGACACACAAAGAUCUCCUCUUUCCAUAUAAGGAGACCAGCUCCCAGGCCAGUGGUUCACAAUAAGGAAGGAGAUGCUGACUGUUUCAGCAAAGUCCGUCCCCCAGGAGAAAAGCAAACAAUCAUCCGUCCUCCAGUGAGGCCCCCAGACCCUCCUUGCCGGUCCAGCAUUUCACAAAAGCAAGAGCCAAAGCCAGAAACAGUCUCUGGCAAUGCAGAGGAAAUCCCAUCAUCCGUGGUGGCAUCCAGGACCAGAUUCUUUGAAACAGCUUCCCGGAAAACUGGAAGAUUCUGUAAUGAAUAA